ACUAUCGGGUAAUUGUAACAUAACAUAACUUAACCGAUAAUAUGUUUAAUUAUUCAAAUUACUAUAUUUUUCUAUACAUUUGGAUAUAUUGYUUAAGACACGGCGUAAAUGCCAUCAACAGUGAACAGUCGUUGACUGUUGAUCUCAACAAUUAUCUUAAAUGGUUAUCACAAUUGAAUCUAAAACCGAACCAAACUUUUGACGAAGAUUUGCGUCAAAAGUUUGCGGACAACAGUUUAGCUGAAAGUGAGCGCCAAUUGAGACACUUUUUAAGAGCUGAUCCAUCGGCAGAGGAGGCGCCCACUCGUCAGUGCCAAUAUGUUGUGUUUUAUUUUAGUCUACUUUUAUCCCAAUUUGUUGAGUGUCUACUGAUUAAUGAAAACCCAAACACCAUAUGCUUGGGUUGUGAACAACAGUUUACCGAUCUGUACAACGGCUACAAAGACUUGACCAAUACGUCGAUCAGUAACUGUUCCCAAACAGUCAUCGGUAGUGACAAAUUAAAUCUGAUUGACAAUAUGUAUCACAACGCGAUGGCAAAGUGGAAGGAUGGCAAUUGUGAUAGUUGUUUUGCGGGAAAAAACUCGUCCAACCAUUUUGUGGUCAAUAACGACACACUGUAUUACUUGUGUUUAACGACAGACUACAUGUCUUGUGUUAAUUCAACGCAUAAUAAUUCGUGCAAUGAUUGCAAACAAUCGUUUAUUUUGGUCAACGAUUACUACGAAAAAUUGUCUGAUAACUACUCAAACCAUAUCUGCAACGAUAUCAUCGAUACGAUGAAAGAUGUUCGCAAACAAUGGAGUGAUAUUCUUAAUUGUCCAUCAAAUGUACGAUUCAAUAGUAAUCUAUUGGUCAUUGUUUUAGCAGUAUUUGCAUUACCAAUGGUUCUCUAUGUAACGGGAAGACUGUUUUGUGGCGGAACCAAAAAGACAAUUAUGUUACCUAAGAGAUUAUCGACAUAUCAUCUGAGAAGUACAUCAGAAAGUGAACGUCUGGUCCAAAAUCAAUAGUUACUCUUAAAUGUAUAACUGAUUUUCUGUGAUUUGU